AAUCGGUCAGAGCAGUAAGGCGCUUUUGUCCGGGUGGCGCCGCUCCAGCCGGCCAACGCCGUACUUGGAGACCGGAUUUGCGUUUCUUUUUAUUUUUGUGUGUGUGUCAGUUGCCCCCAAAAUGGGCCGGCGGCGGGCUUUGGGAGGGCCAGACGGGGCUGCGUCGGAGCCGUUUGCCAGAGCCUGAGCGGCCAGCGACGACGCCAUGGACCCGCGCGGGGGCAACGCGUCGGAGCUCAUCUCUCAAGGCCUGGCGCCGGGCGACCCCCCGCGGCCCGAGCUGCCUCCCAUGCAGCAGUUCCGACCGGCCCCCGGCGACGUCGGCCGCUUUUGCCAGGAUGCGGCGGAGGCGGGCAAAAACUGGGCGGCGCUGCUGAUCCUGGCGGCGGUGGGCAUCACCGUCACGGGCAACGUCCUGGUCAUCCUGGCCGUGUCUUUGGAGAAGAAGCUCCAGAACGCCACCAACUACUUUCUGAUGUCGCUGGCCGUGGCCGACAUGCUCCUGGGCGCCUUGGUCAUGCCCGUCUCCAUGGUGACCGUCCUCUACGAUUACGUGUGGCCUCUGCCCUCCCAGCUGUGUCCCGCGUGGAUCUACCUGGACGUGCUGUUCUCCACGGCGUCCAUCAUGCACCUGUGCGCCAUCUCGCUGGACCGCUACCUCGCCAUCCGCAACCCCAUCCGCCACAGCCGCUUCAACUCGCGCACCAAGGCCCGCCUCAAGAUCGCCGCCGUGUGGAGCAUCUCGGCCGGCAUCUCCACGCCCAUCCCGGUGAUGGGACUGCGCGACCCCUCCAAGGUGUUCAAGGAUGGCAGCUGCCUGCUGACGGACGACAGCUUCGUGCUGGCCGGUUCCUUCGUGGCCUUCUUCGUGCCGCUCACCAUCAUGGUGGUCACCUACUUCCUGACCAUCCGGGCCCUUCGCAACGAGGCCUCGCUGUGCUUGGAGCGGCUGGUGCCGCGGCCCAAGUGGGGCGCCGCCGCAGCCGCCGCCGCCGCUUUGGCGCCGGGCUUCUUCCCGCAGGCCUCGCUCUCCUCCGAGAAGCUGGUACGGCAGGAAGCGGGCGGCGACCCGGCGGCGCGCCUCUUCGGCCGGCGCACCGUGCGCUCCAUCGCAAACGAGCGCAAGGCGUCCAAGGUGCUGGGCGUGGUCUUCUUCCUCUUCGUGGUCAUGUGGUGCCCCUUCUUCAUCACCAACGUGCUGGUGGCGGCGUGCGAGGCGCCGGCCUGCGACGGCGCCCUGGUGGGCGUCCUGCUCAACGUGUUCGUGUGGGUGGGCUACCUGUCGUCCGCCGUCAACCCGCUGGUGUACACGCUGUUCAACAAGACCUACCGCGCCGCCUUCCUGCGCUACCUGCGCUGCCGCUACGCGCCGCCCGCCAAGAAGCCGCUGCAGCUCAUCCUGGUCAACACCAUCCCUCCCAUGGCGUACCCCUCUAUCGGGGGCCUACGCGAGGAAGACUCGCGCCCGGAUCUCGCCGGCGUGGACAAAGAACUGAGAGAACGCCACCGACAGAUCCGCGACAGCUGCGUGUGAGCCACGAGCGGACCACCGCCGACGACACCUAUGCAGGGCAAACGCAUUAGCUGAGCAUCGGCCCCCUUUCAUCAGCUCGGCGUUGGCGUUAGCUCGUCGUUUUCCUUGAUCUCGACACAUGAGCCCCUUUCACGGCGCCCAUCCGAGACAGAUUGCGCUCCCCAUUCCACGCUCCAUGUGAGAAGGAGGGUCCUGCUCUCCAGCCGGAAAGAUUCGCCACUUUGCCUCUGCCCAUUUCAGAUUGUUUUGAGUAGACCUCGUUGGGUACAAAAAUCAAGCACAGCCCGCAAUGGGCAGCGUGAGCUUAGCUUAGCAUUCAGUGUCGGAUCGUUCACAUGAGAAAAAAAAACUAAACAAAAAAACGGAUCUAUUUCACACAUGGUAAGAAAACAAUCAUCUGCAUCGGGCUGCAGUAUGAACGUCGCCUCAGCCGUCUUUUGUCCCGGAUUCUCACUGUCACCUCCAAACGAAUGCAGAGCGCAGCCCGCAGACGAUUAGCAUUAAAAUGAGCUCGGCAUUCAGUUAGCAUUUACGUGCCAUCAAAAGUCUCAUUUGCUCUGUUCAUCCGGGCGGGCUUUUGUCCCGGCCCGUUGCGCAGCCGGAGCGGCGUUAUCCUCGGCUCGGCACCUGGAAACAUCGGCCCGUUUCAUUCAUUUUCCUUUUCUUGACUUAUGGCGACCAUUUCAAACAACUCAUGCUAAUGCUAACAGUUGCUCUGCUAACACCACCUUGCGACCGGAAGAAGCGAUGCACACGGGUACCCGGAUGGGGUUUUGGCAAUUCUGGUUUCAUUUUCAAUUUGCAAUUGCUAACAUGCUAACAGUUGCUGUGCUAACAUAUACAGGAGCAACAAUCAGUUGGCGACGUGGCUGUUGUUGUUGUUCUAUGAUUUCAGAUUUAUUCCUGCCUGUUUGUGCCAAAAACGGGGAGCAAUUGGUCGUUGACCAAAAU